AGAACUUCCUUAUUGCCAAUGCGUUUUUUCUAUAUAUUUCCGAAUUCAGUAGCCCUUCAGUGGUGUCGCGCCUGAAUUAAUCCUGCUCUGAAUGCUACAUUAUGACGCCACGGCUACGGAAACCUCAACCAGCAGGAUAUUGUUUACUUGUUGGCUUUUCAAAAUAACUGAAGUGAAAGAUGUCAGGACUGAACAGUGACCAACUCCAUCGCUCCACACUCGGAAUCUACAUGACUCUAAUGGACCAGUUUAACCCGAGCCUACAGAGGCUAGUGGCACUAGGCAAUAACUACUUCCAGGCUUUCCAAGCUUUAGCUGCAACUAGUGAAGCCUACUUUAGUGCUCUUGGUAAGAUGGGUGAACAUGCCAUGCAGACGAUGUCAUCCCAUUCACUAGGUGACAUACUAAUAAAGAUUUCUGAGAGUCAGAGAAGACUUACCAAUGAACUCGCAGGGGUGUUUCACUGGUUCCAUAACGAAGUCCUACAGGAAAUGGAAAACAACACCAGGCUGGAUAAAGAUUACAUAUUUGAAAGUAAGAGGCGCUAUGAGAUGGAGGUGAGGAACCAGUUGAUGGUCCGGGAGAGACAGCUGAGGAGAGGAGGUUUACAAGAUGGAAAUGAAUAUGUACAGUUCCUGAGGGAAAGCCAAAGAGAGGCCCUGAAGGAACAGGAGAGAAGAUAUCGCUUUCUGGCUGAGAAACACUGUGGACUUACUCAAUCCGUAGUCUAUCUCAUUAACAAGACAGGCAACACUCUGCAGCAGAGAGCAGAAGGAUGGAGAGAGCAGGUGAAUCAGACAAGAGAAUCCCGUCCAGGCACUGCAUCCAGACUUGCAGACAUUGUGGCUGAUGAUCAAAGUCAAGCUCAGGCAGAACAGCCUCUAGGCAGAGUGCCCUCUAGAGGGCCAUCCCCCCAACCGACUCGAUCCCGCUCCGGUUCAUUUGGAGAAACACGUAGAUCAGGUGGUGCUAGGAUGAUGAGAGCGUUGGUGCCACAUACCCCUGCUUCCAAUUCCACCCUCUUAUCAUUUUCCAAAGGAGAAACCAUUACAGUACUUGUACCAGAGCCCCGAAAUGGCUGGCUGUAUGGUUGUUCCGAGAGUUCAGCACGGCAAGGCUGGUUUCCAGCUGCCUAUAUUGGUCCAAUGGAAGACACUUCUCAUGUGCCUGAGCCCAGUGCCCUUAGAAGUAGUAGCAGCAUGAGCAACCUUCUUGACCAAACAUCUAGCAGCAGAGCAAAUGUACCUCCACCUCCACCUCCACCACCAUUUCCAAACAAAUCCAGCAGCUCACGCUCAGUCACACCCACUACUGUUGAAAAUAAAAAACAAGACAACUAUGGCCCUCGACCAGAACUUUUCCCCAGAGGCACAAACCCGUUUGCGACGGUGAAACUGAAACCCACUGCAACCAAUGACAGAUCAGCUCCACGGGUAUUCUAAUAUAUUCAAGCAACGAGAGAUGAUAGACAUCAAAACACAGCUCCAUCAGAGUGCAGUACAUCAUAAAUCAACACAACACAUGCUGCAGAUUUAGCAGCUGUAACUAACUGUCUCAGAUGUUGUUUCCUCAUAUUUUAGCUGAAGAAGUUUUUGCUGGGGUGGGAUAUGAACUUGUUUGACAGAAUGAAAGAAGGAAAGUCGAGAUGGGGCUUUGAGCCUGUUAGGCAACUUGGAUUUAAAUUCUUUCCUUAUUUUUUUUAGUGUAAAAUGUAUUAUUUUAUAAAUGUUAAUAUAAAAAUGUACAUUUUAAUGCAAAACAUAAAAACCUUUUUUUUCACAAUUAUACAUUACUGGACAAAAGGUCUAUCCAUGUCAGAGCAAAGAGAACAUAUCACUAAUCAUUUUUAUACCUAUUUGAUUUAAUUACAAUAUGCUGAGAAUACAUAAUUUGUGUGAUGAGGGUUACAGUUUCUAUAGUAAAAGUUCAUACUCAUGGCUUUGUAUUUUUUGCAUAAUCUAUGUAAAAUAAGACCUAAUAAAUAAAUAAAGAGAUAAAAAAAUAAGAAAAUUCUAAACGUAUUAUGGUGAUGGUUCUUUUAGGAGAUGCCAGUGUCAUAUUUAAUCGCAGUUGAUAUUUUCUUUAAAUAAAGAAUUCUUUAAGUCAGAGGGAUUUGUGUUUUCUGUAAACUAUUUUGUUGUUGUUUUUUGAAUAUUUUCAACUAAAUAUCUAGUACUAACUAACUAACUGCAAUAUGACAGACAAGAAACAACUGAUUAUAGUUUUUAUUAUUAAAGUAAUGAUAAGAAUAUGGAUGUUCCACUUCAUUGAAAAAUAAUGAUACAUUUUUUAUAAAGAAAAAUAGAAAAAAAAUUGUUGCCAACUUGCUGUUUUUUUUUUUUUUUUUUUAAUUUGAAUAAAACACUGUGGGACAUGAUGUUAUGGAAAAAUAAUACAGUCAUUCUUAACUACUUAACUGUCAUUUUCUGACUGCCUGUACAUUAUUUGUGUUAUGAGUCUUUGACUUCCUCAAUAAAAUAACUCUUUUAGUAUGA